ACUAAGAUGUGCUCAGUUCAACACGGUAGUUGGAGCAUGAUGAGUCCUCUGAUGUUUGCGUUCUGCCUCACAUGUCUGUGCUUGGAGAAAACCGCUCAGACGACGGAGCUAAAAUCAACCACUUCUGUUCACCAAGAGAGUGGAUUCAUAUCAGCUGAUGUUGGUGGGGAGAUAACUUUACAAUGCUUCUAUGAAGGUGAUGUGGCAACAAAGUUUUACUGGUACAAGCAAACUCUGGGAGAGAAACCAAGGCUCGUCUCUACUUACUACAAGUAUGAAACAAGUGUACAACUGCAUGGUGAAUUCAAGAACAAUCCACGCUUCACACUGGACACUGAAAUAGGUCGGAAUCACUUGAAGAUCACAGAUUUACGUGUUUCAGACACAGCUACUUAUUACUGUGCAUAUAGCUAUUCAUUUGUGUUUGAAUUUAUGGAGGGCACUUCUCUCAGUGUCAAAGGUUCAAGCUUGAACUUACACUUUUUGGUCAAUCAAUCGGGAUCAGAGACCAUCCAGCCAGGAGGCUCUGUGACUCUGAGCUGUACCGUCCCCACUGGGAGCUGUGACGGAGAACACAGUGUGUACUGGUUCAAAGACUCUGAGGAGUCUCAACCAGGACUCAUUUACAUCCAUGGAGAUAAGAAUGAUCAGUGUGAGAGGAAACCUAAUGAACAAAGUUGUGAGUACGAGUUGCCCAUGAAGAGCCUGAAUCACUCUCAUGCUGGGACGUUCUACUGCGCUGUCGUCUCAUGUGGACACAUUCUGUUUGGAAACGGGAGCAAGCUCAACAUUGAAGAUGAGGGAGACUCACCUGUCUUGGUGUUUGUCUUGAGUGGGGCUUUGACGUUUACUAUCAUCUUGAUUCUGUUGCUGGCUGUCAUGUUGUGUGUGAUCAACAAGAGAAACAACUGCAGAUGUGAAGAGCCUGGUGCAACAUUUCCAGCUUCUUCAACAACUAACCAACAGGGUGACCAUGAUGAGGAAAACAUCCAUUACGCAGCUGUAAGAGAGCACAGGCUCAACAGACCUAGAAGACAAGAGAACAACAUGAAGGCUGAAUGUGUGUACUCAAGUGUAAAACAGUAGAGCUGCACGUUUCAUGUGUCUGUGUAACAUGACUGAUCUGUUUCAAACAUACGUCACAGACUGUUAUAACUUAGGUUGGACACUGGUGUCACUUUAUUAUUAAAAGAUAUGUCUAAGAAGUUUGUUUACAUGUUUGAAAUAAAAUUUCAUCAUGAAAUAAAAAAUAUUCUGUAUUCUUAAAGUGUCAACGUAGGAUGUAGAGAAGCAUGUGUUAGACUGUGAAUCAUUAAACUGUGUGUUUAAAUACAUUUAGUUAAAGUUGAGACUUACGACCAUGUUUCUUUUUAACAUUUGUAUUUUAUUCUGGAAAUCCACAGC